GUGCCACUGUGAAUGGUUUUUAUCUGCGUCCAAAAUGAGGCUUUGAUGCGAAAAUCGAAGAAAAACAAUCAAAUAUCUACGGAAAACUAAAACUACAUCUUUCGUGGCCAGUCGCAGUCAAUGUGCCAAGACACCCAGCCAACAUACGCGUAAUUAAAUGUCCGCGCACAGCCGCUUGUGAAAUAUGGCGUUUAACAAUAGGCUGAAAACGGGCUCGGGCUCAGCCUCAGGUUUAUCCCAAAUAAACUACAAAUUUACAUGUCGCUGCUGUCUGAAAUCUGACGCGGAGUUCCUAAAGCUGGACACGAUGACGGUGGCGCGCAAUCUGGAUCCAAGCGAAGCGGAUAAAAUUCCCCUGCUGCGCUGUUUGUUAUUCUGCAUACGCGCCGAAAACUCACCUGAGCUGCCGCAAUACAUAUGCGUUGAGUGUAGCAAGAGCCUGCAAAUAGCCUACUAUUUCCUGCAGAAUGCACUGCGCGCACACGAAAUACUCUGCCGCAAACUGUGUCCGGGAAAGGGGCGACCCACGUUGGCGCAACGCUUUAACGGUUCCAUCAAACAGCCAGAGGUGGCGCUGCGGCAGGCGGCCGAGGACAAGACGAAGCCCCAAAAGGCAUUCCGCCACGAGUGCAAACUCUGCGGCUUUGUCGUCUUCAAUCGGACGGAGCUAAAGGAGCACAUUCACCAGCACGUUGAUGGCAGCUCAUACAGCUGCAAAGUCUGCAGCUUCGUUACGCUGAAGAAGCGUCUCCUGCAGGAGCACUACAGUGCGACUCAUGGCAUGUCGGCCAACCAGGCUGACGAGCGUGUUAAACCAAAAUCUACAUUCUACAGUACCGGCCCUUCCACUUCAUCCGCGGCGGCGGCGGCGGCUGCGACUGCCAAUGAGGAGGUGAAAGUGUGCACCCUGGAGGAUAUGGAGCUGCUAAUUCCCACAGUUCUCACGCCCGGUGACUAUGUCCAACCGUCCAUCGACGAAGAGCAACUGCAGGACAUUGAACAGCAGCUGGCCGUCAGCAUUGGCCAGCCAGUUCCCGUUGCUGCCGACACUUUAACCAACAAUCUGUCACAGAUGCAGGGCAAAAACAUGAGCAUUGGCUCCGAGUAUGUCCUCAUGCCCGAUGGCACCAUGCAGAUCAACGGAGGCGGUGUGGUGAUAGAAUACAUCGAUGAUUGCAAGCCAAGCGGCAACACCACUGGAAAUAUGAGCCUUCAAAAUCUACUUGGAGGUGGCCCCGAAAAUGAGCCCAUGGAAAUCGACGUCAGUGAGCUGAUUGUGGAGGAAAUGGUGCCGCAGAUAAAAGUCAAGCCAAGACCAGUACCCAUUGGAUUCACUCCCCUCCUCAAGUAUAAAUGCAAAGCAUGUCCCAAAGCAUUUGCCACCCUGGUGCGUCUGAAAUCUCACCAGUUAAGCCACAGCCAUUUGCCCAAGUUCUACUGCGAUCAGUGCCCGUUCUACUCGCUGCGCAGCACUGAACUCUGCCUACACUACAAGACAACGCAUCUCAACAAAGAGGAGAAAGGAGGAGCAAAGGAGACCGGCGAUGAGUGGCAAACCUACUCCUGCGACAUGUGCCUCUUUGAAGGGAGAAACGCCAGCCAUCUGCGUGUGCACUACACUGACAAGCAUAUGAUUCAACCCACAGAAGUACAGCUGCGGCCCAGUUGGACAAGUGAGUCGGCCACAGCCGGUGGCGGGAUCAGUUCGGCUCGUACCAGUGGUCAGGGCUCCAAGGAGCAGGGCGCUCAGCCGCAGCACACCGAAAUUCCACUGGGCAUUCAAUAUCCACCUGCAGCGCUGGCGGCGUCGGCGACGGCGACAGUUGGCAAUCAGCCAAUUCUUCAGCAGCAGCAGCAGCAGCAGCAGCAAGAUCAACAGCAACUGUCAGCUAUAGCAACACAAACGUCCACGAUAACGCAGUCGGGCGAAAUCAAUGUGGUGGUAGAUGCCACACCGUUGUUCUUUGCGGCGACAGCAGCAGGGACUGAGACUGUUAUUGGGGCAGAGGACCAAGAAGAAGGACAGGAACAGGCGUCUCCGGGCACAAUAGCCGCCGAUACAAUUGCCAACGGGGAGGAGGCCUAUGAAAUCUUUCCCGAAAUCUCAACGAGCAGUCUGACAGUGACACAGCCAGGUCCGGCUUUGCCAACGACAACGACAGCGUCGGCGAACAUCUCAAUAUUUGGAGACAUGCAGGAAUUUAUAGACAACACAGAUGUGGCCGCCAUAUGCACCAUACCCGCCGAUGACAUGCCCGUGGUGGAUGGUGACGAUAUUGUGAUUGAUAAUAACAAUAUGAGCCUGGACUUUGAUGCUGAGAAUCUGUUUGAGGACUUUGAGGAUGAGGAAGAGGCCGUUGGCGAGGAGGAGGAGGACGAGGAGGAGGAUGACGACGAGGACGCUGAAAAUGAGGAUGAAAAUGACAACAAUGAUGCGGCCACUGAUCAGAAUCUGCUGCUAACAAGCGACGACGACGAUGUCGAUGACUUUGACGACGAACAAUCGAAGCAUCUGCAGAAACCCUACUGCAUAUUUUGCAACAAAAAGUUUACCAGCCAAUACAAAUUCGAGAAUCACAUGUUUGUGCAUCGAGGCCUGGCCCCCUAUCGCUGUGAGCUCUGCACGAAUCUCUACAACAUGAAGCGUCUCCUCAUCCGGCACUACAAGACCGUGCACAAGCGCAUGCCCACGCGGGACAUGGUCCAGGCGAAGGGCGACAAGGUAUUGGUGGCCCGUACCAAUAUCGAGACGAUUCAACUGGAUAUGGAUAGGAAGCCCAUGCUGAUGUGUGCGAAGUGUCCGUUUGAAUGUGAAUUGGAUGCGGAAAUGCGAAAGCAUCUGAAUGCGCAUCAUGGCAUCAAUGAUGGUGUAUCCCUGCAUGCCAACGAGGUGUUCAUUAUACGCAAACUACCAUUUGAGUGCCCGCGAUGCAUUCGGUCGUUUGCUGCCAAGAGCACACUGACGCGCCAUCUGCAGCGUAGCCAUUUGGUGGACACGAUAAUUGAGAUGCAAUCGAAUCAAACAACCAGCAGCUCAGCAGCGACAACCACAAGCACCACAUGCACGGCAACAACUUCAAUGCCGGCGAACACGGCUGACGAUAAUGGGAAUAAGGGGCAGCAGCAGCAGCAGCAGCAGCAGCUGGAGCGCUUCCUGGUGAACAUGCCCGCGGGUGGGGAUAAGAACCACAAAUCCUUUGCUUGCAACUGGAUGACGCAGGGUCAGGGUCUGGGCCUGGGUCUCAGCAAUGCGGCGCUGCUGCAGAAGACAGCCAAGCCGGAUCUGCCAGGUCGGGUGUCCUUCAGCAAGCCCAAUGCCACCAACCAGCACGAUGCCGACUCCAGCGACUGCGACAACGACAAGCAGGAGGCACGGCUCAGCAUCUCUGCCCCGGGCCCCCUCACUCUGCCCAGCUUCCAUGGCAGCAAGGCGGAGCCGCCGGAUGCGUCGCUCCAGAAGAAAUCCGUGCACUUUGGCUCCACGGCAGCCGAGGGCGAGGUUCUGGCCGAGACCUACGAGUACCCCAAGUGCCCCUCGGAGAACUGCACCUGCAGCACGCGCUCCUCCUCCACAACCAGCACGAAUGAGGCCUCUGCCGCUGAGGUCAGGUGCGCCUGCGAUGCCCCCAGCUGUCGCUACAUGGAGUCUGGACCGCUGCUGGACCUCGCACUGCCUCCUCCUCCACCGUCAGCUGCUGCUGUUCAGGCUGCCCCCAAGGCCGCCACACCAGAGCUGAACGUCAUCAGGGAGUACAAGCAGGCGGUGGGGGUGCAGCUGGUGAGGAACAACAUUGAGCCACUGCCCAGCUAUCUGGACAAGUAUGCUCCACUUCCCGUUGCAGUUGCAGCACCGCCAGCGGCCAAGGAGAAGCAAAACAAUCUCUCCGAGAGCAAAAACAUGGCCCCAGUCCUUCCUAGUGGAUCUCCUAAGAACAACAGCAAGGUUGGAACCUACAGAGCAGCCAGUGCCAGCGGUCGAAACUUUGGGGCCGAGAACAACUUUCUGCCCGCGGUGAUCCCGGACGAUCGACGACAGUACGGAAAUGGCAAUGGGAGCGGCAACAGCAGCGCAGAUAGUGUCAUUAGCAACUACCUAAAGGUGGCAUCCACUCCGCCAUUUGUGGGUCAAAAGAAGGAGAAUGUAAAGCCCGCCAGUGCAGAGAGCAACAGAAGCAACAACAACAACAAAACGAAGCUACCAAAGACGGGAAUAGCUCCAGCUGGUAAGACCCUCAAGAAGGCGGUGAGUGUGGGCAGCUUGCGGGAGGAGCGAAAGCUCAGCGAAUAUAAUCUGGACAAGGUGGACAGCUGGAUGAGCAAGCAGGGCCUGGAUCUGGAUGAGGCCAAUGACAUUGACAGUGGAUCGCAGCUCUCCCUCAAGUCAAAUGAGGACUCUAGGGACUCUACUUACGAUGAGAUUGUGUCGGUAAUCAAGGAGAUUGAAGAGGACAAGAAGAGAGAUAAUUAUGCCGAACGUCUGCCCAGUGACCUGAAGCUCAACCUGAAAUUGGAUUCGCGCUGCGAGACCGCCGAGACGGUGACGCUGAGUGAUGGAGCUGUCCAGGAGAGCGGCGACAAGUACAAGGACAUUUUGGCCUAUCUGAACAAUGUGGAGAGCAGCUGUGACAAGACGCUGAUGGAGACGCGUCGCUCCAUGCCGGAUAGCAAUCGCUCGGAGGUGGAGUUUGUCGUGGAGCCCGACAUCACAGACGAAGUGCCCAAGCUAUCGGAGCUGCUGAUGCUGCCCAAUCAUCAGCUGGCCCGUCGCGUCAUCGGCCUGAGCCUGCGGGCCAACGAGCUGGCCAAUGCCAUACACCUGUCCAAGGAGCAUGUGAUGCAGUUGCGCGAGGAGAAGCAAAAGUCGCUGCGUGCCGAGAAGAGCAGCAAUGCCGGCAAGCUGCGCGACCAGAAGAAACACUACGAGGAGGUGGUGACCCGCCAUCAGGGCUUCAUCGAGCAGCUGCUGAAGGACAAGGGCUCGCUGUGCGAGAAGGUGGCCGCCCUGACGCGUCGCCUGGAGAGCCAGAACCAGGCCUGGGAGCAUCGACUGGAGACGGAGCUGACGCGUGCCAAGGAGACGACGCUGGCUGGCGAGAAGAUCCGACGCGAGCGCUGGGUGCGCGAGAACACCAAGAAGAUCAAGGAGCUGACGGUGAAGGGCCUGGAGGCGGAGAUCAACAAGAUGAACUGCGACCAUCAGCGGGAGGUGACGGAGCUGAAGCGCGCCCAUCAGAUGCAGUUGCUGGACGCCCUCGAGGAGGCACGCCUGAAGCACGAGCAGAUCGAGACGGGCAUUCGGGAGAGCUGUGCCCAGGAUCGCGAGUCCAUCAUCGAGAAGGAGCGCACGGCCAUCCGAGAGCGUUUCGAGCGCCAGCUGCAGGAGGAGCAGCGGGCCCAGGCGGAGCAGCGGCAAAAGCUGAGCGAAGAGUUCGCCGCCGAGCGGGAGCGACUGCAGACGGAGCUGCGACAGAAGGAGGGCGACUAUCAGGCCAAGCGCCAGGAGGCGCAGCGGGAGCAGGACAGCGAGCUGGAACAGGCCAAGUUCGAGAUGCAGGAACGGAUGGCCAAGCAGGAGGAGAAGUACCAGAACCGCAUCAACACCAUCGAGCAGCAGUAUCUCUCCGACUUUGAGCUGUGGAAGGCCGAGUACGAGAACAAGUGCAAGCUGGACCAGGCCGAGAAGGAGAACGCCAUCAGGCAGCACUAUCGGGCGGAGCGGGAUCGCCAGCUGGACGAGCUGGUGGUGCGCAUGGAGGCGGAUGCCCUACAGAACGGCGAGGAGCACGAGCAGAAGAUUGCUCGCCUCAAGGACAAGUACGAGAAGGACCUAACCCUCGCCGAGAGUGUUGAGAAGUCGCUGCGUGAGAAGUAUGCAGAGACGCGGGGAAAGCUGGCCGAGGCCGAUGCCCAGGUGCGCAAUUCCCAGGCGGAGGUACAACAGCUCCAGCUGGAGCUCAGCCACAGCAAGAAGAUGUGCGGCGAUAUCAUCAGCGAGCGGGACAGGCUGCGGGACAAUCUCAAUGCGGACAUUCAGAGCGAGCUGUCGGUCCUCAGUGAGCGUCACAAGCAGGAAAUGGAGCAGCUCCAGAAGCGGGUCCACCAAACCAUUCAUCGGCAGGAAGAAACCAUUGAGAUACUCAAGGGCGACAACGAUGGACUGCGCCAGCAGUGCCUCAAGCUCAAUGCUGUCAUCCGGCAGCAGCGCAAGGACUAUUGCGUCAAGUAGUUCCAAUACUAGUAGCUAGAAUAGAUAGAUAGAUAGGCUUCCAAUAAGUAAAUACAAAAGGAACAAUUAGACAU